GGCUACAACGGUGCCACAUUUAACUCGUUUGCGUCACGCUUUGGAGUUUCCUCCCUGGUUCGACAUUUGGCGUUUGCUGAGGUUUUGAGACCAAAACCGAAAUUCCAGACCAUUUUUUGGCUGGUGGGCUAAAGCUGCCUUCUCUGAUGGGUUACAUGGCGUGCGUUUGAUCCUGGGGCUUUUGAUCCUGGGGCUGCGCGAUGGCCGCGUCGGGCGGACGGAAGAGCGAGAAGUUGGACGAGGCACAGGCGUUGGCCCGGAGCUGCGCGGGGAGACCGGACUUUCUCCCGUGCGACGGACUGUCCAUCUGCGCCACACACAGCCAUGGGAAGUGCUUCAAGCUCCACUGGUGCUGCCACUUGGGAUGGUGUCACUGUAAAUAUGUGUACCAGCCGAUGACCAACGUGUGCCACCUCCCCAGCACCCCAGUGCCUGCCACGCCCACAGACCACCCCCAUACCAUGGACCUGACAGUCUCAUUGGCCGAACGCUUCCUCAUGACCGCCCCCGCCUUCCAAGCCCCGCCCUGCCUGGAGUCGCCAAAGUUCUGCAUCAUCUCAGACCUCUUCGUGGACGACUACAUGGUCAAACGCAUCAAUGGGAAGAUGUGCUAUGUCCAGAGACCUCAACCUUCGACCAUGCCCAGCCCGCCUCAAUCACAUCCCCCUCACCCCCGGUCCAAACCCCACCCCCAACGGACCCCCAGACACCACCCACACCACCAGCCCAGACCACACCCCCAGGGCACCAAGCCCAGUGCCCUGGGGGACAAGGUCACCACCCCCAAAAUAGACCACUGCUCCUCCCCGGCCAGCUCUGAGGAUUCUGGGAUAAAUGCACUGGGCGGCCAUUACAUGGAGUCAUGUGACGAGGGUUCUGAGGAAGAGGAGGAAGACGAGGAGGAAGUGGAGGAGGAGGAGGAUGAAGACUUAAGUAGUGAUGGAGAGUCUAGUCCACUAAGUAUGUGGAAUCAAGAUGAGUGUUCUCUGCUCUCUCCGUCCAGGUCUCUGGUGGAGAUUAUUGAGAAGAUUGAGACAACUGUGUGAGACAACUUGCACUGUCGCGUUGAAAUGGAGACGAUGAGACCGUGAUCUAGCCGGUUCAGCUUAGAGCCACACACACACACACACACACACACACACACACACACACACACACACACACUAGCCUGUCAACGUUCCUCUAACUACAGUAUACUAAUCGUACAACAUCAAAACAGUGACUUAUGAACUUUGACCUUUCACCUGUUAUAGCAUGGUUAUCUAUGACCUUUCACCCUUUUAUAGCAUGGUUACCUACGGCCUUUCACCCUGUUAUAGCAUGGUUACCUACGACCUUUCACCCUGUUAUAGCAUGGUGUACCGACCGCAUUCUACUCUGGAGGGAUUUCACUUCUCUUUCCAGACCAGUAGUCAGCUGAAAGAACCCACAAGUGAACAAGAGCACAAAUGUAGGAAUAAGUGAAUGUGAUCUAGUCCAUGACCCAACACACUUAAAGAAGAGCACGAUGUGACCAUUCUGAGGAUUCUAAGUCAUGAGGCUACUGCUUUUUACACAAGAAUCAAGGUUGAAACCCAAAUGGCACCCUAUUCUCUAUAUAGUGCACUACUUUAGACCAGGACCCAUAGGGGAUAGUGCACUACUUUAGACCAGGGCCCAUAGGGGGUAGUGCACUACUUUAGACUAUGGCCCAUAGUGGAUAGUGCACUACUUUUGACUGUGGCCCAUAGGGGAUAGUGCACUACUUUAGACCAGGGCCCAUAGGGGAUAGUGCACUACUUUAGACCAGUGCCCAACUUUAGACCAGGGCCCAUAGGGGAUAGUGCACUACUUUAGACCAGGGCCCAUAGGGGAUAGUGCACUACUUUAGACCAGGGCCCAUAGGGGAUAGUGCACUACUUUAGACCAGGGCCCAUGUGUGAUGAUGAAUCUGUGACAUCACGGGCAUAUUAACAUCUGAAGUCUUUUACAACACUGCACAUGUUUACAGGCCACACCCACAAACAACACUGAUGACCUAUAACAGGACUUAUCUCCACCGGCGGAGGAGGGGUUACAGCGUCCAGACACACCCAGUGUCCUGCCAAGGCUUUCUGACAAUCAUCUGACUAGAAUCACCCCCCUGUGAACAUAGACCCUGUGCAUGUAGCUGCCUGAGGAGUCACAGCCCAGGACAGGAAUCUCAGUGUAUUACAGACACAAUGCAGAGCAGUAGCAGUGGGACGAGGACGUUGUUCUGACCACGACAAAACAACAACAAGAAGACCUGCUGUGUGUCUUGUCUGUCUCUAAAUGAUUGCUCCAAUCACAUGUUGAGGGUCUUGAACAAAGCACACCUUUCUGAUCUAUUAACACACAGAAACUAUAGACACGCACACGCACACACACACACACACACGCAUAUAUAUACACGCUUUGUAGGUGAAUUUCUAUUCCUCUCUGAUUGAAAGAGAAUCGUAACAUCAGGGAUAAAAAAAUAUAUACGCUUUAAAACAUCACUGUAAAUACAGAUGCAGGAUCUUAAUUUGAUCACCGUGUUGCAGGACAACUUUCCUGCAAUGCAGGAAAUGUACAACUUGUUGUGUAUUUGAGGUUUUAAAAGGCUUCUGAAGUUUCUAAAUUCCACUUUGAAAUUUCAGACUUGAUUUCCAUCUAUCAACCCCUACAAAAAUGUAAAUUCAUUAAAAUCCUGUUGAUGCAGGGUUCAUUUCAUACUGUAGCAAACUGGCUCAAAUGAAGAUCCUACAUCUGUACACAUACAGUCAAAUGAUCACAUAUUACAGAGGAAAUAUCAAGCAAACCAUGAUCUGAUUUUUCUAAUAAAUGUUUUCACUAAAAA